ACGCGCACCGAACAAUCUCUCACCUCUCAGCAGUCGAGUCCCUACCUCCACUGAGUGAGCGGUUACUCUAGGCGAUUGUUUCACUAUUCAAUUACAAAUUUCGAGAUUAGAAUUAUCACGUGGAAAAUGUCAGCAGCAGGCGAGGUUUUAAAAAUCAUCGCGGCGAUAUCAUUUUGUGGUGUUUUUGUCUCUUCAUCGCUGAUUGUGAAAAUCAAAAACGGAACUCUAGAGGGGUCCCUCAUGAAGACGAGGUAUGGGAGGGAAUUCCCAGCGUUUCGAGGAAUCCCCUAUGCACUUCCUCCGCUCGGUGACUUAAGGUUUGAGCCUCCAAAACCGGCAGCCGCUUGGAGAGGCGUGCGAUCUGCUAAGGAGGAUGCAGCUAUAUGUACGCAGCGGAAUAUUUAUACUCAUCAGGAGGAAGUUGUUGGAAUAGAGGAUUGUCUGUACUUGAAUGUUUACACUCCGAAGCUGCCAGAUUCCAAUGCUAAGGGACUUGUCAACUAUCCCGUCAUGAUAUGGUUCCACGGUGGUGGGUGGGUGACUGGAGCCGGUCACUCGGAGUUCUAUGGACCCAAAUUCCUGCUCGACCACGAUGUUGUACUGGUGACAGUCAACUUCAGAUUGGGACCACUAGGUUUUCUGAGCACAGAAGACUUGGUUUCGCCUGGCAAUCAGGGAAUGAAGGACCAGUCGCAAGCGAUUAGAUGGGUUCAUGAAAACAUUGCAGCCUUUGGUGGUGAUCCAAAUCAGGUGACAGUUUUCGGCGAAAGUGCUGGUGGUGCGAGUACCCAUUAUCAUAUGAUGAGUCCUCUCUCGCGAGAUUAUUUCCAUCGUGGAAUUUCACAUAGUGGAACUGCUUUAUGUCCGUGGGUACUUACGAGACCAGGAGUUGCUAAACAACAAGCUAACCGUCUUGGAGAAUACCUUAACUGUCCAACUAAGAGUUCAGCUGAACUUUUGUCAUGUUUGAAGAUGAAAGACCAUGUGGAAAUCAUUGCUACUGAUCGUAAAUUCCAGAUUUUCGACUAUGAUCCUAUGAUCCCCUUCAGACCCGUCAUAGAACCCGAUCAUCCAGGUGCUUUCCUGAAGGAAGAGCCCGCUCAAACUCUAAAGAAUGGCAACAUGGCCGACAUUCCUUGGAUGACUGGAUUCAAUUCCCAGGAGGGCGCGAUCAAAGUUGCUGCUCUCUACGGGAUAAAAGGCAAAGAAUACGUCAAGAUGUUCAAUGAAAGAUUCAUGGAGCUGGCGCCGUUGUCCCUGGGGUACGAAGACACGUGUCCCAAGGAGUAUCACGAUUAUGUGUCGAGCAAAAUUCGUAAAUUCUAUCUAGGGGAUAAACCUGCGCAUGAGUCCAACAGAUUUAACGUCAUCGAUAUGUACUCAGAUGCUUGGUUCAACGUCGGUGCUGACAUGGCGAUCAGAGAUCACCUAGAAGUCCUAGCAAGCCCAGUCUACUACUACUACUUCGCAUACAGAGGUGGUGCAUCAUUCUCUAGAAUAUUUGGUGAUGAAACUAACGAUUAUGGGGUUUCUCACGCUGAUGAGCUUCAGUACCUCUUCCCCGUUGGCGAACAAUUGUUCCAAGAUACUCCAUUCAGUAAAGAGGAUCACAGGAUGGCUGAUAUUAUGACGAAGUUAUGGACCAAUUUCGCAAAGACUGGAAAUCCCACACCAACGAUAACCCCAGAACUUCCCCUGAAAUGGAAGCCAGUGAGGACAGAAGCCCUCGAGUACUUAUUAAUCAAUAAUUCAAAGAAUCUGAAGAUGUCAAAGCAUCUGCUGAAAGACAGAAUGGAAUUAUGGGCAUCAUUACCGCACCGUGCAAGUGUAGACACAUCGAAUAAAUCAUCUCCACGCAAAGACGAAUUGUAAAAAAAAAAAAAACUGUCAAUCAGAGAAGGAAGAAUCAUAUAAUCACUCCCCGAGGAUGGAAAAACCGAUGAAUAAGAAUGAAACCAGUCAUCGUCAACAUGAUUACGAGAACUGGAACUCGUCGUCAAUCAGCUGUUGGAGUAUAACGUAUCGAGCUUGUCAUACGAAUCAAAUUUGUAAUUAACGGUCGAUUUGUCAAGGAAAACCACGUGGUUACGAAUUAAUGAAUUAUUGUAACGAGGAACAGAACGCUGUCGCAUUUUCUUGGAUUUUCCCAGAUUUUUUAUUCUUCUGGAAUAAAUAAAUAAACGUGAUUGAGCAAAAGAA